CCAUUUGCCAGGCUGCCCGGCUCCCCUGUCUCCCCUGGGCUGAGACCCCGCGUGCGGAGGGUGACCCCACGUCCGGAUAUUCGGGGCUUUGUCUUAUACAGGCGCCUAUUGCCCCCCCCCCCCCCCCCGCCCAGGACCCAUGGCCUGGGGGCUGCUCCUGGCGCUCUGCGGGGGGCUCCUGGCUCCAGCCGCGGCGGGCGGGCGCCACAGCCUGGCCGUGCUGGUCACAGCCGUCACCCAGGAAGAGGGGACCCAUCACUACUUCAUGAUCUCCAAGCUGGAUGACGUUCAGAUCGCGUACUACAGCAGCGACACGCGAGAGGUCAGACCCACCCAGACGUGGGCAGAGCAGGCCGUGGGCGCUGAAUAUCUCAAGGAAAAGACCCAGGAGUUCUUGAGGCACGAGAAGGGCUCAAAAGUUGAGACCAGUUGGUGGAUGCAGCUGCACAACCAGACGGGCGGGGUUCACACUGAGCAGGUUCAGGUGGGCUGUGCCCUGAGCGGCCAGCCCCCCCGCGACCUGAGGUACCAGUACGCCUACGACGGGAGGGACUUCAUCAGCUUUGAUGCCCAGACGGGGACGUGGGUCGCAGCCGUGCAGCCGGCCUUUGCCCAGAAGCAGCGCUGGGAGACCGGCAAGAGCUACACUCAGUACGUCCAGCAGUUCCUGCAACACGAGUGCCUGGGGACCCUGCGGAGCCUGGUGCAGCAGGGGCAGGCGGUGCUGGAGCAGCAGGUGCCCCCCAAGGUCUCGGUUUCCCGCAGAGACGCCCCAGACAGCUCCAUCACCCUCUCCUGCCACGUCAGGGGCUUUUACCCGCGUCCCAUCCACGUCUCCUGGGUGCGGGACAGAGAAGACAUCCUGGCGGAGAUGGGCUCCAGCGGGAUCCUGCCCAACGCCGACGGCACCUACUACACGCAGUCGUCCCUGGAGAUCUCCCCGCAGCAGGACGGGCAUCGCUACGCCUGCCGGGUGGAGCACAGCAGCCUGGAGGAGCCCGUGCUCGUCUGGGCCCCUGGGAAGAAGGGCCCCCUGCACCCCGGGGUCCUGGCUGCCAUCGUCCUGGCCGUGCUGGUUCUGGCUGGAGCUGUAGGGGCCGGCGUCAUCCUGUGGAGGAGAAAAUCAGCAGGCCCCAUGAAUCCCGGCUACGCUCCAGCAGCCACAAAGAGCGGGGAAGAUUCUGCCUCCAGCUCGUCAUCGGGAACAGACCCCCGGAGCUAGGGGCAGAGUGACGCUGACCCCGCUGGCUGGGCGAUCUCUGUCCUCUGACUCCCCCCUGCCCCAGGGGACAUUCCCACUUGGUCGUUAGAGCAGUUUCCUCCUGUGGGUGUUGGGUCUUAGACUCUCUGAUUGCAGCGUUUGCGUCUCUGCUUCUGCAGCCGGGACUUUGCCUCAACUUCUCUCCCAAGGGGCCGACUCACUCCAGUCAUAGGUGCCAACUUUCUCCGGCGCCGGUGGGAGCUCGUUCCCCCCCAUCCCAACUUCACCCCUUCCCCACCCUGCCCCCAUUCCAACCCCUUCCCCAAAGUCCCCGCCAUAACUCCGCCCCCUCCCUGCCCCUAUUGGACCCCUCCCCAAAUCCCUGCCCUGGCCCUGCCUCCUCCCCUGAGUGCGCUGCGUUCCCCCUUCCUCCCCCCUCCCUCCCAGCAGCACAAAACAGCUGUUUUGCGACGCAAGCGCUGGGAGUUAGGGGGAAAAAGCGGGCAUGUGGCGCGCUCAGGGGAGGAGGCAGAGCGGAGGCGGAGGUAAGCUGGGGCAGGGAGUUUGGCACCCACCAGUUUUUCCCCGUGGGUGCUCCAGCCCCGGAGCACCCACGGAGUCGGCACCUCUGACUCCAGUGUCCCGUCUGUGCGGGGGCCGCGCUGCCUGCAUCAGGGAUGGGCAGUUCCCCUUGUCCUGCAACAGGAACCGGCACAGAGCCCAGUGAGCAGGCAAAGACGGGGGUGGGGGAGCGCCGCAGCGGGGAAUUAUGGGCUACUCCACCCCCAUCUGAGAGGCAAAUGGGCCUGCUUGGAAAAAGCAAAUCCCAAAAUGGUGAUUUUCAGAGGAAAAGACUCCGUGCUCUGUUGGAGCUCAGGUCCAAGCUUUGCCCUGAAUGUUGUGUGUCAAACCCCCCCUCCCCCACCAAACCCCCCAAAUUCUGCACAAAGCUGAGCCGCUGAGUCUCAGAAUCUCAGCACACGUGUAAUACGUGAGCGUCUCUCUGUGAAGCAGGAACAGCGGAAGGACCCAUCCUUCUCCGGCCCUGGCUCCGGGAAUGCAGAACUGGGUUUUUUUUCUUUUCAGUUCCAACUUGUUGCUGGCUUUGUAUUUUUUUAAAUCGUUUAAAAUAAGGCCAGGACUUUUGCAGGCUGGGUCAAAUAUUGUCUGGGGCUAACCCAGCACCUCCAGUGUCUCAGGUACCUACAGACCUACAGACCUGAAUCUAUUUUUGGAUCCGAGGGCUUUCUGAGCCCAAAAUUACAGGAAUGAGGAAGUCCUUUAUUUGCAUAAAGGGGUCCUAAUCAGACCCCAUUGGGUGAUGCCGGUGACCUCAGAAAGCGAGUGCCCCGUUCUGAUUGGCCACGGGAGCCUGAGGUUUGGCCGUCACUUGUCAGUCCGGCCUGGCCUGCACUGGCUGCUGGCCUGUGGCUGUACCAUGUUGCCAUGGCUGACACCGUGCCCUGUGCCUCAUUCACCCCCAGCUGGCCUCUGAGGGGUAAUAUCCAGCACGUGGGGUGUCGACAAUCUGACACCUACAAGUUUCAGAGUAGCAGCCGUGUUAGUCUGUAUCCGCAAAAAGAACAGGAGUACUUGUGGCACCUUAGAGACUAACAAAUUUCUUAGAGCAUAAGCUUUUGUGGGCUACAACCCACUUCUUCGUUCCACUCUAUAUGCAUCCGCCUCUGUGGGUGUUUUCUAGUUCUCAGUAGUAGGUGCAGACGCCUCUGGCUUAGCGUUCUGGCGCGUGCGUGCGUGCGUGCGUGCGUGUGUGUGUGUGUGUGACCCACAGAAUCUAUAUGAGCACAGCGCCUAUAGAAUAGCUGCUCAGACACCUACACCAGCCCUAGGUCACACAGCCUCGCUACUGGAAAGAUCACACAUGCAGGUACUUCAGGGGUUAGCACCUGUCCCUUUAACCCUGCGAAGUCCUGUUGUUUUCACUACGUUCAUUGUCUGAGCGUUCAGUGUAACCGGGCGUAUUGGAAUGUGACUCUGUGAGACGUGGGGAAGAGAUCGGCUGUUACCGAAUCGGCCAUAAUUCGGGCAGGCGCCUUAAUGGCGCCGACAGCUCUGCUGCCGAUGUUCUCGUCACCAGGGAGCGAUCGGACCCUCCCGCUAUCAGCUCUUGGGCUGGAACCGAAACUUCCGGCUUGGCCUUGGGGAUGCGCUGUGCCUGCGGUGCUGCUAGCGACCCAGAUCCGCCGCCUUCCCGGAGUGCUACGUAGCCUUAGCAGGGGUUGUGAAUGUGUGUGGGGUGGUUCAGUGAAUCUGCCUGAGCACAGUAAGUAACUUACUGAAUGAUUUCAUGUUUUUCCAUCUUUGAUUCGUGUGUUUUGUUUGAUGCUUUUGCUCCGCUAUUGAGCUAAUAAAAUACAGACCCUGGAA